GUUAACUCUGUUGCUAGUCCAAUGCGCGGUAAAGUGUUAAGACAUCUGGAUUUGGGCCCCUCGGUCUCCGUCUUCCCGUAGUAUCGCCGGAGGGUCAGGUCAUGACGCCUUUAGUCUGUAGGCGGUGUGAAUGAUGCAUCGCCUGCCUUUUUUGCCCUUGCUUCACACCUCCCUCUCUCCCUCUCUGCAUAUUUCUUAGUCUCUCAUGACCAAACUCGUGCUCUUUUCUCUGCCGUUUCAUUCACUUUCAUACUUCUUAGAUUUCACUGUCGACAACUUCACCAACACAAAACCUUCACAAUGGCCCAAAAAUCGCCCACGAUCGAGGUGACAAACCUCAGCUACAACUUCCAAGACUCGAGCUCCGGCCUCAAGAACAUCUCCCUCUCCGUCCCCUCCCGCUCCCGCACCCUCCUCAUCGGCGCCAACGGCGCAGGCAAGACCACCCUCCUCCGCCUCCUCGCCGGCAAGCGCCUCGCCCCGCAAGGCGGCAUCUCCAUCGCGGGCAUCGACCCCUUCAAGGACGGCCUCGAGGGCGUCACCUACCUCGGCCUCGAGUGGGUCCUCAACCCCAUCGUCCGCACCGACAUUGGCGUCCUCGAGCUCCUGAGGUCCGUCGGCGGCGACGCCUACCCGGACCGCCGCGACGAGCUCGUCAGCGUCCUCGACAUCGACACCGCCUGGCGCAUGCACGCCGUCUCGGACGGCGAGCGCCGCCGCGUCCAGCUCGCCAUGGGCCUCAUCCGGCCCUGGACCAUCCUCCUGCUCGACGAGAUCACCGUCGACCUCGACGUCCUCAGCCGCGCCGAGUUCCUCGCCUGGCUGCGCCGCGAGACGGAGAUCCGCGACUGCACUAUCGUCUAUGCGACGCACAUCCUCGACAACCUCGCCGGCUGGCCCACGCACUUGGUGCACAUGCACCUCGGCACCGUCCGCGAGUGGGACACGGCCGACAAGUUCAUCGAGGGCCUCGACGGCUCCACGGGCAACAGCACCCUCGGCGAGCUGGUCCUCGGCUGGCUGCGCAAGGAUCUCAAGGACCGCGGCCCGAGAUCGCAGGCGAGGGUCGCGCCUGAGGGCAAGACGUACGCGACUGGCGGCCUUGGAGGCUACGGCGACGAGUCUGAUAAGCUGAAAUAAGCUUGUUCAUGUUUGACGAAAGUUUGGAGCAGCUAGAGGGGUUCGGCUGGUGAUUGGCGUGAUUCAACAAUUUGGGUCCUUUUUUCAAGAUUUCUGUCUGCAUUUUGCUAGAGAGAAUGGCGUCUACGGCACUCAACUGCAUCAGGGACGGCGUUUUUGCGUUUUUUGUUUUCAACAUUGUGAUGCGGCGACCAAGGGGGUCGAUAACCGCAUCGGUGUGUCUUUCAACUUAGACCACGGCAUACAGAGAAAGGCAAGGCUAUGGUACAGACCGAACGAAACGAGGGGAGAACAAGGGGGGGGCACUCUCAACCGGCCUCGCUCGGUGGCGGCGUUUGGUCAUGUAGUAGACCUCUUCAACGAGGGGACGGGCACAGUCCUCAUGGGCUCAUUUUCUUUUAGGAUUUCCACGGCUUUAGAGAUACCCUAUGUCUUCAACCAAAAAGGGAGGCGUGACGUUUGGAAGGAGGAUCAGCUGUCGACUCAACUAGACAGAUAUGAACAAGUCAUGCAAUAGAAUGUCAGAAAGAC